AUGCAGCCCUUGCUCUUGAGGCCCCAAAGGCACCCUGGCGACCUUUCCUGGGCAGACACCCGAGGAUGUGCCCCCGGCUGUCCGGGUACCCUCAUCCUGCACUUCCGGUUCCUCAUCCAGCCGGUCUCUGCUGUGAAGGCGGUAUCUCCUCCUUCCGGCUGGUCUCACCUGGGGAUCCAAGUCAACCAUCAGGGGACCAUGUUCCCAUCAUGUCAACAGGGGUCGGCAGCAUACAUUCCUCGCGAUGUCAUCACGACGAAGACGGCCGGCCGGUCGUGCACGUGCCCGUGCAGCUGCGGAGCGCGCAAGGGCUCCUUCAAACCGCUGUACAGCCUUCCACAGCAUUUAGCGGGGGUUCUGGAGGUGCCCUUGACGCAGUGCGUUCAGGAGCAUGCCAUGCCGAAGUGGAAACUGGAGAUGUACCGAAGGCUGACAGAGCAUGUUCAAGCCAGCCUGGACCUGGCUUUCAAAAAGCAGCGGAAUCAACCCCUCGUGAGGGCCCAACAUGAUGAUGUGGCCCGACAGAGGUGA